UCAGUCUUGUUCGAAGUUCGCGGCGUUCGGUUGUUCGGCUGCUUGGAAAGCGGCGCGCGCGUUUCAGUUUUCCACAUCUCCACCGCUCGAAUAAUGUGCGAAUAAAAACAUAUCUAUUUCCACUUUCGAGCAGAGUUCAAAAUGCAAAACACGCGAAACGGGCAGGGGAAAUAAGCCAAAAUACGAGAAAAACUAAACGACAGAGAUUAUAAACGCCCACGCAAAACACACAAAACUACAACCACUCAGCAGCGCAAUCCUCGAAAGUUAGUCAAAAAAAAAAAGAAGAAAAGAAAGAGAAAAGAAAAGAGUAGAGAAGAAAAGAAAAGAAAAGCAACCAUGGAACGCCGCCAAGCCCUAGACUCAUCGAUGUCUUCGCUCUACUCGGUCGCCUCCUCCUCGAAUCCCCGCCAGCCGCAGACCAUCCAACUUCAGACGCAGCAGUCCCAGCAAUCUCAGCAGUCCCAGCUAGACGCCUUCAAUUAUUCAGCAACAAUGUCAUCAUCGUCGCCGACUCCAAGUCAGGCCAUGUCCACGGCCAUGUCCACGGCCAUGUCCACGGGCACCACCCACACCACACCGCCAUCCACAUCCACCUCCCUCAGAGCCACCACCAUCGGCACCGUUGUCGUCCGCUGCGGACCCAUCCAGCUGGUGAUAGCGCUCCUGCAAAGUCCAGAGAAGAUUUACAUCAAAGUGGUAGAACUCGAGCCAAAGAUCACAGCACUUGGCGAGAAUCUGGAUGAAUCAGUGCGCAUGCAAAGGGAGCAUGAUGAAACCCUCCGCAAUCUACAGAACCUGCCCGGCCCUAUGGAUGAGUUCGUCCAAAAAGCUGACAAACUGCUGGCCAGCAAGCGAAUCAGUUCCGAACUCGUCAACGCCAUGGCCGACACCCUCAACAUCAUCUGGCAGGACAUCCUGAAUCUUCUGCAGGAUCGUCAGCAUCUACUGAUACUAUGCACACAGUUCCAUGACAAGAUGACGCAGUGCUUCAGGAAGAUGGAUCAACUGGAAUUGGCCUGCGAAGAGACCCUCAAUCCGCCGGAUGUGCCCCGUGUUCAAGAGUUCCUCAACAGAUUUAAGCAACUAAGGAUAGACAUGCUCACUGGUGUGAUGGCCGCUCUGAAGGAUGGAAAUGAACUCCUGGCUCAGCUGGAGGAGUUGGAGAAGCUGGAGACCCUCGAUACAAGACCGGAACACAUCAAGAGAGAUGCCACGAGGGCUGUUCACCAAGUUCAGCAGUGGUUGGAGGCCCUACACGAUCGGAGAAACUCCCUGGAACUCGCCUGGCAGACGAGGAAAACUCAAAUGGAGCAGUGCCUGGCACUGGCUUUGUUAGGCAGGGAACUAGUCGAUCUGGAGGCAGCUCUCCAACAGGCCAGGAUGGAACUGAAUACAAUGUACAGUCUGGGAGAGUGUGAGCACACAGCCAAUGAAAUGCUCACCAAGUACAGAGAAUGGAAACAACAGGCUCUGCUCCUCCGGGAUCGAGCUCUCAAGAUCACGAGAGCGAAGGAGAAGGUACAAUCCGCAGGCCACUUCACCGAGGAUGAUGCAUGUGCUCGUGCCUAUGCGGUUUUGAGUGGCUGCACGGAGCACUUGGAUCUGGUGGAUCAGCGGGAACACUGGCUACAUCAGUCAAGGGAGUUCUUUGCCAAGGCUGAGCACACCUUGAGUGUCCUGGAGAAACUCGAACUUGAGCUGACUAGCGUGAAACUGCCUCCCCAUUCCCCAGAGAGCUAUGCCAUGUUCUCCAAAGUAGAUCGCGAUGUGCGAAACUUCACCGAGGAACCCUUACGUUUGGGUUACGGCAUCCUCGACGAGGUGGGACGGACUAAGCCGGAGACUCUGGGUGUGAAGAGGGUUCUGGAUGAGUUGGAGAACAGAAAGGUCUAUAUCCAAGGGAUUUGUGCCAACAGCAGCGAGGAUCAGCAGAAGGUGCAGCGGGCGUUGAGUGAAUUCUUGACUCAUCACAAUGAGCUUUUGGCCUGGCUAAGAGCUUCCGGUCAACAGCAGUUGCAGCAAAGCGUGGAUAUGGGCCGAAAUCUUCAGGAGGCCAAGCAGUUCCUUCUCCAGCAUCACGAACUGAUGCAGGAUCUAGAGAUAAAAGGCGAACUGAUCAACCUGCUACUGGAAUCCAUCAAAGUCCACCUGGAAUCCUUGAGCCCUCAAGAGCGUUACGAUGUAGACUCCAAGGCUGAAUCCCUGCACAAACACUGGAUCGAACUGAAGGACCUGGUUCUCAAGCGCGUGGACUAUGUAUCCAUGCUGAUAGACUUCUUCGAGUUGGCCAAUGAGCUCUCCAGUCAACUGGACAACCUUCAGCGUCAACUGCAGCAAACUCCCGAUGAGCACAAGCUGCAGUUCCUCCAGGCAACUUGGACAGGCAUCGCAGGCACCUUCGGCGAACUGAAGUCCCGCGGACAGCGAUUCAUCAACUUAAAAAUUGUGGAUCCAUAUCUCGAGACCAAAUCCUCGGCACAGGCGGUGCAAGAGACGCUGAACGACUUCAGUAAGCGGCAGGUCGACGUGACGAGCAGUUUGGAGAAUUGGACAACGAGCAUUGCGGAGAAGCGAGAAGUCGAAUAUCUACUCGAGAAAGUCAUGAGCGACAACGAGGAGACCGUGGCCAAGAGCACCCAGGUGGACACCCAGCUGUAUCCCGUAUUCACCUCCCAAAGUGUGGACUCGAAGCAGCUGCUGAUCAGCACCCGCGAGAAGCUGACCAACGUGACCCAGGACAUCGAAAGGGCGCAGGAUGAGAUCCAGCAACGCAUCCAGACGACACUCAGCAUACAGACAAAGGAUCAGCCAUCGCUGGCCAAGAUCGAGCAGGUGAUCAACAACCUGCGCAUGCUGAAGGCCAAGCUGGAUGGCAUCAAGUACGACUAUCGCACCUUGGUGGAGAGCGUGGUGCAGUUCCUGGAGAACAUAGUGCAGCUGCGUCGCGAAAUCGACGACUACUUCGCCAGGCAGCAGAAGGAGCCUGCUUCCGGCGCGGAUCGCAGCAUUGCCGAGCACGAGAAAUUCCGCGAUCAGUGCAUGGAUAAAUUUAGAUCGCUAAUCACACAAUCCGAACUGCUGAUCGAUCGGGUGCGCGUACUGGAACCGCCGGGAGCCCGGGAAAUCGACACCGAUCGUAUAUUGAAGCUGCUCGAGAACCUGCGCCUUCACUUCGAGUCCAACAGCAGUGCCCGCAUGUCGACUCUGGAGCGUCUGGAGAAGAUCGAGCAGUUCCGCUCCGAUCUCGAGGACAUCGAUCGCAGCCUGGACAGCGUUAGCCAGCAGCUGCACGAGAUCAACAACCAGAGCGUCGACAGUCUGGCGGCGGCCAAGACCACGUCGCUGGCGUUCGAGUAUUUUGAACGGACCAUAGAGCUGCUCGAGAAGCGGAUCGAGAAGUUUACGGAAUCCACCAGCCAACAGCUUUUGAUUAGCAAUCCCGAGAGCGAGCGGUACGUCAAGGACGAACUGCGCAAACUCAACGACAAAUGGCAGAGCUUCAAGGAUCAGGUGAAGCAGAAACGAAAGAGCCUCAACCAGGCAACCGAGUUCUUCGAGGUGGUCGAAAAGAUCGACGCGGAGUACCGUGAGAUUAGCUACUUCUACACCAGCGUCUCGAACAAGGUUCCCUACCUCCGCGAUUCCGUAGAGGCCGGCAAUUUGGUCAACGAUAUCGAGAACUAUGUGACCAGCAGGGAGACUGCUUUGCGCUCCAAGUUGGACAGUGCCUCGCAAUGUGCCCACGACAUGAACAAGGUCUCGUCCCUGUACAACGACGUGAUGAACAUCUUCCAGUCCUUCAUCAAGCUGAAGAUGGAUAUCAAUGUGGUGCAGGAGAGGCUAAAGCACGAACAGCGCCAAAAAGAACAAAGGGAACGGGAGGCCCGUGAUCAGGCGGAAAGGGAGAAGGCUCUUAAGGAAGCUGAGGCCAAGGAAAGGUUGUUCAGGGAGGAGCAGACGCGCCAGGAAAACCAACGACAGCAGGCGGCCAUUGAGCAGGCCCAAAGAGAUUUGGCAGCCAGGGAAUUGGCUCUAAGGGAGCAAGCUGUCCGCGAGGAGGAGGCCAGAUUACAGGCCAUCAGGGAGCAGGCUACAAGAGAUCAACUGGCCAGGGAGCAAGCUGCCAAGGAGGAGGAAUUACGAAUCCAAUCCCUCAGAGAGAUUGCCCGAAGGGAAGAGGAAGUGCGCCUUCAGAACAAGAGGGAUGAGGAAACCCGCAUACGUCGGGAAGAGGAGGAACGUUUCCGCAGGGAGAACGAAUCUCGAUCGAAGCGCGAAGAGGAGGCCCGCAUCCAGCGUGAGGAGAUCACUAGACUGCAAACCCUUCGUGAUCAGGUGGAUCAGCAGCGCAUUGUGACCGAAAACAUCCGAAAGGACAUUCAGGUUAACUCCAUUUUCACCGAACUGCGCUAUGCCUCCCCGCUGUUCGUUCGUCCCCUAAAGGAUGCAGUUACUCGUGAAGGAGAUCGUUUCGUCUUCGAAUGCGAGGUUACGGGCACUCCGGAACCCGCUGUGGAGUGGUUCAAGGAUGGCAUCAGUAUCCAGAAUAACUCCGACUAUAAGACUACCUUCGAUAAGGGAAUCUGCAGAUUGGUGAUUGAGGAAACCUUUGCUGCGGACUCAGCGCGUUUCAGUUGCCGUGCUUCGAAUCUGGUUGGAACCUGCGAUACCAAUGCCACUUUAUCCGUUCGGGAAAAUGCCACUGAAGUCCAAUUGGUUCCACCAAGAAUCCUACGUUUCUUGGAAAGCGGCAAGGCCACUGAGGGAAGUUCCUUCCAGUUUGCUUGCGUUGUGGCCGGAGUUCCUUUGCCGACGGUUCAGUGGUUCAAGAAUGACAAGUGUAUCGACGAUUCCCCGGACUACGUCAUCAGCUACAACAAUGGAGAAGCGACUCUGAAGUUCGAGGAGGUCUUCUUGGAGGACGAUGCGGUGUACACUUGCAGCGCCUCAAAUCCAGCGGGUAUUGAGCAUUGUUCGGCUUCUCUGAUUGUGGAACCUCUGGAGCCCACAGAGCUGCCCAGCUUCAAGGUUCCCCUGUCGAAUGCCAUGGCUCGAGUGGGCCAGAAGAUCAAACUGGAGGCCAUCGUGGGCGGAAUUCCCAGGCCAGAAGUCUACUGGCUGCACAACGGCAAACCCUUCCAGCCCCGUGAUUCCAAGUACGAAUACGGCCGCGUAACGCUGAUAAUCCCGCAGGCUUAUCCCAACGACGCCGGAUCCUACGUCCUGAGCGCCAAGAAUCUAGCUGGCGAGGCCUAUACCAGUUGCAACGUGAUAGUGAAAGGCCGUCUGCCCAACGAGACCUCCGAUUCCGAGAUGGCCAGUGAUAUUGAACCCAUCAAGCCCGCCGUUCAUCUGCCCCUGAAGGACGUUUCCAUAUUCGAGGGUAAGCCCGUGAGGCUUGACUGCGUGAUUGUGGGUCAACCCGAGCCCGAGGUCAUCUGGUAUCAUAACGAGCGACCUGUCAAGGAAUCCGCCGAUGUUCAGUUGCUCUUCCAAGGCGAUAGAUGCUCGUUAAUCAUCCAAGAGGUUUACCAAGAAGAUGCGGGGCACUACAAAGUGGUGGCCAUAAAUUCAGCUGGAGAAGCUUCCAGUAGCUGCGAACUCAAGGUCACCCCUCUGAAUCAAGCUGAACCUGCCACUCGGGCCCAGGCGGAGAGGCAAUCACUGCCCAAGGAUUCACAGCCCAAGUUCGAAAGACUUCUAUCCGAUGUUCUGGCUGAUGAAGGCGAGCAAGUAGUCCUUGAAGUCCAGGCCAGUGGUGAUCAACCCUUGACAGCCCAGUGGUUCCUGACCAACAAGGAACUCCAGCUCGAUCAGAGGAUUACCACCCAAUCCGACUCCGAGCUGGGAAUCUUUAAACUCAUCCUGAACAAUGUGAAUGCCGAGGACAAGGGAGUCUACACCGUAAAGGUCACAAACCCAGCGGGAGAUGCCAAGUGCUUUUCGCAUCUCAUCGUGAAGUCUGUGAAUGCUCCUGAAAACCGUAGAAGCAGCCAAUCCUCCGUAGAAAUCCUAGAUCGACAUCAGUGCCCCGAAUUCAAAGAGCUGUUCAGUGACAAGCAAGGUGAAAUCGAUGAUGUGAUCAAGUUCGAGUGCAUUGUGAAGGGAAAGCCUACACCCAAGGUCCAUUGGUUCUUCAACGACCAACCCGUUCAUGGUCAUAAUUUCCUGGUCUCCACAAGCGGAGAGCGCCAAGUGUUAACCAUCCAGAAACUAACCCAUGAUGCCGUAGGCAAGAUCAGCUGUGUAGCGGAAAACGAGGCUGGCAAAGCGACUUGUGUGGCUUUCCUGAAUAUCCUUGGAAGUGGACUGCCCGCCUCUAGUGAAGUUCAAACCAUGAGCCAGGAGCACAACACGGAGUCAUCCAGGGUCACCAUCAAGAAGCAAACCUUUACCACCACCUCCACCUCGCAAGUGAAUUCCUAUGAGGGAAAUGCCCCACAAACCGAGGUCCAUCACUCCUCCGCUCACAUCGAUCAAUCCCUGAAACAAUUUGGCCAGCAAAGACCCGAGAUCGUAGAGAGUCAUCACUACGAGGAGCUGCACAAGAGCAAGGAGAUGAGCAGUCCCAGCGUGCAGCAGAAGUCUUUCAGCUUCAUACAAUCCAGUGCACCCAAUGGUCAAUCUGCCGUCGCCAUACCCGACUCACCCACUCGCCUCAGGCGGGAGAUUGCUCCCAGAUUCACCACUCCACUUAGCGGAAAGAUCGUAGAUCAAGGCUCCGAUGUCAGCAUGGAGGCCAUAUACGAUGGCUUCCCUUCGCCCGAGAUCAAGGUGGAGAAGAACGGAGGUCAGCUAUUCGAGGAUGCCCACACCAAGAUCUCCAACAAGUGCAAUCGCGUCACCAUCGAGCUCAAACAGGUGGGCGUGGCCGAUGCGGGACGAUAUGCGGUGACAGCCUCCAAUACAGUGGGACAGUCCACCAGCACAGCGGAUUUGGUCGUUAAAAAGACCAUAUUCCCGCCUGUCUUCGGCCGACGACUGCAGGCUCAGGUCAGCAAGAAGGGCGAGAAGCUGAUCAUGGAGGUGGAGGUCACUGGGCUGCCGGAGCCCACAGUCACUUGGCUAAAGGACGAGAAGCCAUUGAAGGAUGCUGGCAUCUCACAGCAUCGCCUGCUGGCCCAGGGCAACUCCUACAGGCUGAUCAUCGAGAAAGCGCAAACCUCGGACUCUGGCAAGUACAUGGUACGUGCCACGAAUGCCGGAGGUGAGGCCAAGAGCAUUGCCGACUGCGCCAUCCUGGAACCAUCGCCGGAACGCAUGCAGGAGGUGGUCAAGACCAUUGUCUAUGAGACGGGUCCCGUGGCUCCGUCCAGCGAAUUCAAAACCGAAAUUCAGGUGCAGAAUCAGAUUCAGAUUCCGAAUCAAAACAGCGAAAACCAACAGUCGUACCAGAACAGUCAGACCGAAGUGACCAGUGCCAAUGAUCUCCACGGUCUGUCCGAGUCGAAAGUGAUCACUGAGCAUCGUUGCACCACCGAGGCAACCAUGCGUCUAGAGCACAAAUCGAACUACCUGGAUCUGCCCGAGUUGACCGCGCGCCCCAAGACACCAACCACAAACGAUACUAUCACCAUCACCACGAACACUGCCACUGCCAGCAUGGAUCAGACAGAUCAGACACAACCUAACGCCAACACCACCAAAGCCCCACCGCCAGUGCCACCCAAACCCUGUACACCAGUGGUGGCCACCACCUACGGCCAACAGCAGCAACCACCGCAGACGCUGACCAGCACCAGAUACGAGCAGAGCGAGCACAAGUCCACCACCACGUCCUCAUCGUUUGACUACUUCAAGAAGAUCGAUGAGGAGACCGUGACCCAACGACCCAAGCCACUGGCCUUCAAGCCCCUGGAGACUGUGGUGCGCCAACCUAAGGCUCAAUCUCUGGCGGAGGAACUAAGGAGUCUUAACCUGAUCCCAGGAGAUGCCCCGGAGUUCUGUUACUCACCGAAAACCGAAAGAACCGAACCUAAGGUACCACUAAUCACUGAAAAGAUCAAAAUACUUUCCGAAGUGCAACCGAAGGAGCCACCACCACAAGGUGGAGUACCAGUCUUCCCUCCACCUUUGGGUCUUCAAACUGUCCAACACGAAUCCACAACGACUAAGGAGGUGAAGGUGGAGUAUGGACAACCGAUUGUGAGACCUGCUGCGGUUUUGGCCACUCCUGCUCAGCAGAAUCCGCGUUCACCCUCACCCAAACCCUCAGCCGAAGGAGUGGCCAUGUCUAGGCUAUGGACACCCACUGGAGUUACUGGAUACACCAGCGAUGUAGAGCAGAAAUCAGAAAAAACAAUGAUCUCCAAACUGGCCACACCAACACCAACCAAGGAGCUAAACGCACCCUUCCUGGUUAAUCAGAUAGUGAAGAGCAUUCCGCCAACGACAGCAGCUCCUGUCACGCACGUGGUGAAUGUGGAACUGGAACCUGGGACACCACCAGAGAUUUGUUUUGCUCCCAAGGUAGAGGAAACCCGCCGACGUUCUUUGGUGGAGAGCAUGGAGCAGAAAUUGGAACAGAAUUUAAUCCAAGGACCCAGUAAAGUCCUGCCCCAUUCGGUGCCCACCUUGACACCAGUCACUCCUCCACAUGUUCAGACGAAACCUUUGGGUAACUCCACCUACAGACCACCACCUCCUGUUCUGCCCACCCGAUUGGGACUGUACGAAAGCGACUAUGAGAGUGAUCGCUACAAGUACAGUGGCAGUGAGUCGGAUGUGGAGCCCGGUAUUCGCAGCCAGCCACAGCAGACCACCACGGAGACUUCUUUCAAGUCCAGUGGUUACACAGCUGACACAGAGGAGCAUUCGAGCUAUCGCAAGUCAGAGUCAAGUUAUUACGAAACUAAGUCAUCAUCCACGAUGGGAACUGCACCGCAGCAAACCCAAUUCCCGAAGUUGCAGCCUGAGCCCCCGGCACCGGUUUACUUCACCCCGAAGCCACAGCCACAGCCGCAGGCGCAACCUCAGGUGCCGCCACAACCGAGUUUUAGCAGCCAGGAGGCGAAGGACUACAAGUACACCUCCUCGAGUAUGACCAGCAACUACUCACACAAUAUGCAGAGCAGCAGCAGCUCCUCCCAUCACGAGACCAAGUUCUCCUCGACGACAGCUCCACCACCAGUAGUUACCUAUCCCAGUCCCAUUCCUGCUCAAAGGAAGACCCCAGCGGCGGAGUUCAGUGACUAUAGCAGUGAGAUUGAUGAACGCUUCCGUUCCGUGUCGCGAGCCAACGAAUCCGAUGCAGAGAUCAAGGGUUACCGAGUGGUGUUCCCACCCACACCCACUCCUCGCACAAACUUAGCCACCAAUGGCCACAAGUCUCCAGUGGUGGUGAUUACUCCCUCGCCCAUGGAGUUUGAGCCUACUCCCCAGGAGUUGGGUAGCCAGUAUGGCAGGCCUAAGUUUGAGCCGAUUGGCAGGGAGAUUCGCCAUGAAAUCAAGACGGAGAGUAGCUCCAAGCAGUCCAAGUUAAGCCAAAGCCAACAACAGAGUCAGCCCGUCUUCAAGCCCAAGCCUGUGGCCGCCAAGUUCAUUGCGGCAACCCAACAACAACAGCAGCCACAGGCCACCGCCCGUCCGACCAUGUACUACAAUGCUGUUGCUGGAGCUCCGAUGCACCUAGCCAAGGUUGCCACCGAGACGAAGAACGUGAUGCAGAUGCACGAGUCCACGGAGAGUUCUCAGCGGGUAGUUAAUAUGCAGCAAACGAAGAGGAUUAUACACUUUGACAGUCCGCAGGAGCAGAGGGAUCAACAGAUCCUGGAACCCUUCCCCUACAGCCCCGCCCAAAGUCGUACUCCUUCGAGGCAAUCCCAUCUGCCACCUCCGGCCACACCCACUAAAUUCGUGCCCGGCGAGUUCCGGGAGAGUGAUUACGAGAGUGAGAUUGAAGGAGCCCGAAUUCAACCUCUGUGGUCACCCUACGGAGAUGGUUUGACUAAAGGUUUCAGGCGAGUGGCACCACCUCAAGGAGCGGGUAGAUCCUGCAGCCUGCCACGAACCUACGAAAGGGUGUUGUCACCCAUGGAAUUCGAUAGGGGUCCUGAAAUGCCCAGCAAAAUUCACGUGGAUAUUAAUACCUUGAAGAAGGAGCAACGCGGCGGCAGUACAGUGACCACUCAACAUCGUACACAAUCCUUGAACAGGAACUCCACCAUGAGGCAACAGCAGCAACAGCAACAGCAGCAGCAGUCCAUGGAUCAGAUUGAUAGGGCCGGAACUUUGCCCCGCUACGGUUAUAGUUCCCUUCAACAGCAGGCCGAGAACCAGGGCCGUCGCAUGGGUUCUACCUUCCUCCAGAAAUCCCAUCAAUUCGUCGAUGAUGUCAGCAGGGAAGUCAGGAGUUCUGCCUCGAACGGCAUCCGUCCGGGCUUCAAGAGGGCUCCCAGCGAGGGCAGCAGCCAGCAACCUCAGGCCUACCGGGAUGAGUCGCGCGUCUCUCAAUACGGAACCAAAUGCGUCGACCCCAAUACCGGUUUAAUCUAUUUCAAAUACGAUUUCGGCUAUGAGUUUGGCAUCCUGUUUCCCGGCGAGGGUCACAAGUUUGUCAAUAGCCAGUGGAACAGCAGUGGCAACAGCAAUAGCAAUGCCAAGCCAAUCCAAAACGGACGUCACUCCCCAUACCCAUUGAAACUUCCACCCGGAAACGAACUGGUGAUACCCGUUCAGCAUGAGAGAUCCUCUCAAGGUUACAGUUCCGACAAUGAGGUGCAGCGAAGGAGCCAGGCCAGAAAUUGGUCCAGUACCAGGCCAAUGGCACCACGGACUGUCAACAGCCAGAAGCGCUAUAGCCUGCCCAGUUGCCAUAGCCUCGAUAUCCACCUGGAUCGCCUCCAUGCCCAGGCACCUCGGCUGCCGCCGGAUCAGAUGAUCCGCACAGUGCCGGAACUGCCCAAUACGGAGCCCGUCAAUGCCCAUCUGAGUCGCGAUGAGCUGGCACAAAGGCAGCCAUUAUUCAUAACGCCGCUGAAAGACAUCGCAGUCGGAGUGGGAGGAACGGCGCGCUUCGAGUGCAUUGUGCAGGCCCAUCCGCAGCCGCAGGUCAACUGGACGCACAACGGCGGUCACUUGGAGUCGGGCAGCAGGCAUUGCAUCGAGUACCGGAAUGGCGUGUGCCGGCUAACACUGCCGCAGGCCUAUCCGGACGACAACGGCAGCUACGCCUGCACCGCCGUGAAUCCCUUGGGAGCGGCCACCACCGGCGGAAAUUUGACCGUUUCGAGCACAAACCGUGGAUUUAGAUACUAAGCUUGUUUAAACGCAACUAUUAUUAUAAUUUGCUUUAUGAUUUGUUCAAUGCCAAAGUUUAGCCUUAUUGUGUGUAUGUACUCUCUGUGCCCGCGUCACAUACUUUCUCCCCUAUUGUUUUUCUGGGCUGAGGAGAUUGGAAAACUUUCAGCCAAAUUACACACUUUACAUGCAUACAACAGAGGAAUAUAGUAUUACUUGUGUUUUUGUCGAAAAUGAAAUAAACAAAUAUUGAAACGAA